AGUUCAUUAACUCAUUAAUGUAGUCAGAAACCAUAUAAUAGAAAGAUAAAGUAUAGCAAACAAUUGCCCAUUAAAAUUUCUAAGCUAAUAAGAACAAUUUCCGUAUUGCACGUGCAAUUCACGUGCAGAAUAUCCGAUGGAAGAGUGAGAACGGGCUGAAACAAACUUGGGCAUCCAUCUGGCUCUUCCAAUUUUAGCCUGCGCUACGAAAGAUGGAUGGAGAGGAGGAAGGGAAGGGGAUGGCGGCUCUUCUAAGAUGGGCGGCGGAGAUGGGCAUCUCCGACUCCCCCACUUCCACGAGUCCUCCUCGAUCCCACUCCUCUUGUUUGGGCCAUUCCCUCUUCGUCUCCGACUUCCCCGAUGCCGGCGGGAGGGGAUUGUCCGCUGCCCGUGAUCUGAGGAAAGGAGACCUGAUCCUUAGAGUUCCGAGAGCCGCGCUGUUGACGAGCGAAAGUGUAUUGAAAGACGAAAGGCUUGCGUCCUGUGUCCGAAGCCACCCUCGUCUCUCCUCCACUCAGAUUCUGACCGUAUGUUUAUUGGCUGAAGUGGGAAAAGGAAGGGGUUCUCAAUGGUAUCCAUAUCUGGUGCAGUUGCCUCGUAGUUACAAUACACUGGCAAACUUCACAAACUUUGAAAUUCAAACUUUGCAAGUUGAAGAUGCUGUCUGGGUUUCAGAGAGGGCUGUUCACAGGGCAAAAUCGGACUGGAAAGAAUCCAUCAGUCUUAUGCAGGAAAUGGACCUUAAGCCUCAACUUUUGACUUUUAGAUCAUGGCUUUGGGCUUUGUCAACUAUCUUCACAGUGCACUCUUUCUUCUGGAAGAUAUCUUCCCGUACAUUGCAUAUACCAUGGGAUAAUGCUGGUUGCUUGUGCCCUGUUGGUGAUUUGUUUAAUUAUGCUGCACCUGAUGCGGAGUCUUCACCUGAUGCUUCAGAGGAAAGAUAUGCUGAGCAGCCUGAUUGUCACUCGCAAAGGCUAACAGAUGGUGGAUACGAGGAAGACACCACUUCAUAUUGCUUUUAUGCAAGAAAAAGAUACAAAGAAGAAGAUCAGGUUCUUUUAAGUUAUGGGACAUAUACUAAUCUAGAUCUUCUAGAGCAUUAUGGUUUUCUUCUAGGUGACAAUCCAAAUGAUAAGGCCUUCAUCCAGUUGGGCACAGACAUAUGCACAUCCAGCAAUUGGCCAGUAGAUUCUUUGUACAUUCAACCAAAUGGAAGACCCUCUUUUGCCUUGCUUUGUGCUUUACGCCUAUGUGCAACACCAGUGAACCAUCGAAGAGCAGUUGGGUGUCAAGUUUAUGCGGGUUCUUUGCUCUCUGUUGAAAAUGAGUUAUUGGUCAUGAAAUGGUUGGCAAAACGCUGCCAUGAUAUUUUGGAAAAAUUAGCGACUACAGCUGAGGAUGAUGGCUUAUUGUUGAUUGUUAUAGAGAAAAUGCUAUAUAAUCCCUCUUGUCUAAAGUAUGUGGAUUUGCAAUGUUGCAAAGAAGAGAUAAAAAGCUUCCUUGAAGUGCAUGGCCUUGGAAUGGAAGGCAUUGGGGUCUCCCAGUUGCCUAUGAAGGCUAGGAAGUCACUAGAGAGGUGGAAAUUGGCAGUUCGGUGGAGAUUCGGCUAUAAGAAAAUGCUCAUCAGUUGUAUAUCUUAUUGCACUAAUACAAUUGAAAGACUUUCUUCUCAGCAAUAUUGUACAAAGAGGAACAAUCAGACCGGCAUGCCGGGUUGAUGAUCUGAGUUUUUAAUGGGCAUCAACUAUGCCUCAUGUUGCAGUCAAACAUGCAGUAUCGGAGUUGGUGGUUCUGGUAUGUAAAUCCACUCCAACGGACAAACCAGCUUCCCAAACAGCAUUUUUUUCACAUGGAUUAGAUUUUUGAAGAUGCAACUAAAUUUUUAUCCUGGCAUUUGAAGGAUAGUAGUGUCAACUUCGGAGAUUUUUAUGAUGCUCUGGGAAACCUGCAUCUUGAUCAGCACUAACCCCCGCUAAACAUCCAACAUCUUAAUGUGAAGAAAACUGCGCUUUGAUCUCCUGGCCUUCAUGGUACCACAUGAUGCAGCACCUGCAGUUUUGAUCCAAAUUUCACUUCUAAACCGUUCAAUUAAGCAUCUGUGAUGGAUAUUGCUGAUGUAUUUUAAUGGACUUUGUAUCAGUUGUAAUAAUGGAUAUCCUUUUCUAGCAAUUUUUAAUUGUUAAGAUCUGCUCUCUUGGAGAUUGGCACAAGUUUCUGUUUUUGUUGAAACAGGCUGCCCUUUGAUCUAGUGCUUUUAGUUGUGUCAAAAGAGAAGCGACAUCAUGCAGGCCUUCUUAUUCCUUGUUUGAUUUGACUCGAGCACUUGCUCUUCUAAGCCUGAUUGCAGGACUACAUCUACGAGGGAGCGUCUGUUCAGCAAUGGCUCUACUUGUUUCCAACAAUUAUGACAAUAGUGCAUCAAAUGCAAUAUGAUAACAGUGAUGAAUCAGUACGUGGUGUAACCGUGUUUUAACCCAAAGUGCAUGGUUUGAAUCAAUAUUAGAGUUUGGGUUCAAUCUUGCAGCUGACUCAGCAAUUUAUUUUUACUUCAGGUCAAGGAUAACAUGAGAUUGGAAGCAGAGCAAAGGGGAGUCACGGGCUAUUAUCUGAUUCCAACUGCUAACAGCAGCUAAGACUGACCAUGAGUUCAGACUUUUCCAGCUAGUUUUAUAGAAGCAGUUCUAUCAAGCGAAAGGUAAUGAUGCACUUAAUAGAUUUAAAAGAGAAGGAAAACCAUGAUAAGAGUCCCUGAUACAUUUCUGGCAACCAACUAGUCUUAUCUGAAUGAGGUCCAUGGACAUUUUCAUGAAUCUCUUGUACUUCAAUUCUUUGGCAUGAUGAUAGUUCCACCUUUUGACCAUACUCAAUUACUUUCUUGCAUGCCAAUGUUCUUCUUGGUUGUUUCUCCCACCCAUCAGUUAUUGCUUUCCUUUUUGCUCUUUACAACUUUCUCAUCCUACUAGAAAGUUCCGAGUCUUUUUUACUAAUGCGAAGUCGAACUUAGUUUCCUGAUCGAACUAACCCUAUUGAUCCAACCAACCAUAGUUUUAGUUUCAAGGAACCGGUUAGGACCUAAUAGGAUAGAAUGCCAAAGAAGUCCUAAGGUAGUAAGCCAUGGAGAAAUGUCCAAGAAAACGAUCCCAUGGUGAGACUUGUGAGAGAGAGUAUUACAUUUCAAGUUAUGCAUGUAUAUCGUGAGGCUAACGGAGCGGCGGACUGGAUAGCGGCAUAUGUAGCGAGCCAUUCAGAAGACACCCUAUGAGCCGGAGAGAGAGAUAUUCGAAGCACUUCGAGAUCUUUUGUUUUCUGAUUCUAUUGAGUGUAUUCGUACCCGUGAUGUAUGAAAUACUCGCUUUAGUGUGUACCAAAAAAAAAAAAGAUCUCAUGAAAACCGUCGAUCACUCAAUCGACAAACGCAAAGACUAUCCAAAGCAUGAUGGUCUCAUGAUGGUAAAUAAAAAUGCUGAGGAAAGAACUAGCAUACCGAAGGAAGGUUCACUUACAAGGCCAUGAAGUGGUUGCUGAUUCCCAGCUAGGCCGGAAUUCGGCUGAUGGCAAAGAAAUCCUCUUUGAGGCAGAUCAAGAAGAUUAAAAGGUAGAAUAAGAUGCUAAAAUAUCUUUUAGCGAUUCUUCAAUGAAGGAAAUUGGCUGUGUGGUUGCUCAAGCAGUGCAACCAUUUCAUCAGGCCAUUAUAGAUUCUCAAAAGACCUCCAGAAGAGGGAAGGGAGCAACUCAGAAUGUAAUUCGAGCAAUAGAGAGAAACACCGAUAGAAUAGCUCGUGGUUUAUAGCAAGCUACUCUGAAACUAAUUGAAAUGAAGAGAGAAGACCUGCAUGACCAAGACUUUGAAGACAAAUGUUUCACAAUUUGGAUCUCAUUGGUGGAGAGAUCAAUUAUCUUGUUAGGAUACAACAAGCCUUGUAGGACGAAUGACCAACAGGAAAUAGGCAAUACGGUUUUAGAUAAAAAUUUAUUGAUGAUGUUCCACCUACAGAAGUGUUAACUAGAGAACAGGGGCACGCCUAGAGAAGGUUAGAUUGGCAACUUUUCAGAGAGCCAUACCUUGAUGAAUAUGACAGGAUAUUCAAAUAUCCUGGGAAUUAUAAAAUCCAUGAUUUCAUUAAGUUUAGUGGUCAUGGAAAGUAUUAGACCAAGGAACACAUUGCUUGAUUUGCUACACAGUAUGGUGAUCUUGGUGGAGAUGAUUUCAGGAAGCUGAGAGUAUUUUGUACUUCUCUUGCUAAGCUGCUUUUCAAUGGUAUAUAAUUUGACCAGGAAACUAAAUUUAUACCUGGCAAGAAAUGGAAGAACAGUUACAUGGUUAGUUUUAUAGGAGCCAAUAAGAUAUCCAUACUGAGGUCUUUAUAAGCCAGGUUUCAGAAAUUUAGAUAGAGAUGUCGCUCAACUUUGCCUGAAAGUGAGUUUGCGCAUAUUGCACAAGCUAGGCUUUGUUAUAAACUGCAGAAAAAAGUUUUAUGGAGUAAAAUUUACGGAUUUGCCAGAAUUAUCAAUUAGGAUUUUUUAUAUGAAGCAUUGCUCAAGGAAAAAAAUAUGUUAACAUAAUUUUAGAUAUUACGUAACAAUCUACAUCACCCAUCAUUUUUUUUUAAUUAGCGUAAUCCUAUAUCAAACUAUAUUAUUUUUUUUAUAUAAAAUCUGUAUAUGAGUACCUUAGAUGUACCGAAUAUGAUGGAACAUAUAAAUAAAAUCAUUGUUUUCUCUCUUUUUUUUAAUUUUUUUCUUCUAUAAAUAUUUUAACAUAGUAUCAGAGCUACUGAUCAUCUAAUCUGUUGUUGUCAUCUCUUCUACCUUUGUUAUAGCCGAUGUUGCUAUGCCUAGAAGCUUUGAAGACUUGUAUUGUCGAUCCAUCGAUCUCUGUUCUAGGUAAAUUAACACUUGAAGAUCCUUUAUUUUUCGGUGGAUCCGUAGAUCUUCUAUUUCCUAUUCACUAAAUAUUCAAAGAUUUUAUAUUCCUUAGUAGAUCUGCAUAUCCUCUAUUUUUAGUAGAUUAACAUCCAAAGAUUUUUUAUUUUCUAAUUAAUCCACAGUUCCUUUCCACCACCUUUCUCUUUAGCUUCAAAUUUCCGGUUGUCUCUCCUCACCAUUGCUCGGCUCCUUUCUCUACAUUUUCGAUUUUAUUUUCUGCCUCCAGCUCCUUCACCAUCCAAUUUGAGGUAUCUUGUUUCUCUUCCACGGUGCCUCCAUCUACAAGCAUCGUUAACUUUUGAUUGUCUUCUCUCUAAGCUCUAUCCUCACUGCAACUGUCAUCUUUAAUGUCUUCUCGUUGCCACAUCAUUAGAUAAGUCAAUUAACCACAUCAAUAUACAUGUCAGUCAGACACAUCGAUAGACACCAAUUUACUAUGUUAGCCAGUUAUAUCGACUUGCUUAUUCUACAUUUUAUAAUCAUGGCCUCUUCUACUAUUAUUUCCAAUCUUAGUGUUCACCAUUCUUUCUCCACCACUCAAAUAACCUAAGCAUGAUCCUAGUCUCGCAAGUCCUCAUUGGUGACAAUUAUUCUCUAUAGAGUCAUGCUAUGAAGACUGCUCUAUGAGACAAGAAUAUAAUUGACUUUAUUGAUAGCUUACUUGAAAAGCCCAACAAAAGUUCCGCAACAUUUGAUGCAUUACAACAUUGUAACACUAUAGUACUUUUCUAAAUUUGGAACUUAAUCCUAGAGCUGAUCACGGGGCUUCUGGCCCACCCAGCCCGUCUAGCUCGGCCCGGAAUUUUUCGGGCUUGGGCAUUAAAAAAAGGCCCAUGGGUCGGGCCUGGGCAAGAAAAGCGACCCGACCAAAAAAAUCGGAUCGGGCCUGAUCGGGCCAUUCUGGCCCAUUUCCAGAUUCCAAACAAAGAAAAAAUCGGGCCUGUCGGGUCAGGCCUAUCGGGUCGGGCUAGACGGGCCUAGAACCAGAUUUAUAAAGUCGGAUCGGGCCUGAAUAAAAAUUUAAGCCCGACAGUCGGGCCGGGCCUGGGCAUAGCCAUCGGGCCUAACUUCUGCUGUAGAACCCGACCCGAGCAUGACCCAGCCCGAGUUUUGAUCAGCUCUACUUAGUUCACAAAGAUCUCAUCAACAGCAUAGCCUAUUUUGAAACUAUAAAGGAGGCAUGGAAAGAUCUAGAUGAGCCAAAUUUAUCAUAUCAAGUGAAAUAUCUAAAUGCAUAUUCAAGAUCAUUAUUUAUUACUUCUUAUUUUACCACACUCAAAGCGUAUUGCGAAAAAACCAAUAAUCUAUAUCCACUUCCUACUUAUACCUAUGGUGCAAUGAAAGAGUUGAAUCGAACCUCCAUAGUUAAAAAGAUUUUUCAAUUUCUUAUGGGGCUCAAUGACUUCUUUUUAACCAUUCGGAGCUAAAUACUCACCAUACAGCUGCUAUAUACAGUAAGUAAAACUUUUUCUUUGAUUUUGCAAAAGGAGAAAUAGAAACCAUUGCAAGCUAAAUCGAUGCAGUCUCUUGAAAGUGCUUCCAUGGCUACUUCACAUCUUGACAAUGGCAUCUAUACUAGCUUGAUAUUAAUAAUGUCUUCCUCCAUGGUAUUUUAUGGGAAUAAGUUUGUAUUCAACUGCCACUAAUUUUUUUUCAUAAAGGGAGAAAGGAGAAUAAUCAGCCUAUCACCUCAACAAAUAAUUAUAUGGUCAGCACAUUUUAUUGUGAUAACCAAUUAGUACUUUAUAUUAUUGUCAAUCCUGAAUCCAUGAACGAACAAAACACAUUAAAAUAGAUUGUCAUAUCAUUCAAAAAAACUACAAACAAGCACAAUCCAGAGCAAAUUCGUUUGAAGUGACAAUCAAUAUGCUAAUAUUUUUACCAAAACUUAAGAUCGUGCCACAUAAGUUGGGUAUCAUAAAUUUACACAUCAACUUAAAAAAGAGUAUUACAAUUAGAAGUGGCAAAAUAUAACCUAACCCGCCAACUCGAUCUGUGUUCAACCCGCCAUAAAUAGGUUCAAGUUUGGCCUAAACAGAUUUGGAUCGUAAAUAAGUUGACCUCUUUAACCUGUUUAUUAAUUGGAUCGAAUAUAUAUUUAGAUGUCUGACCUAUUUAACCUGUUUGAUAUACAGAUCGGAUUGGAUCAGAUAGGACCGGCCCAAGCCUCGGCCCAAAGAAAAGUGAUAGCUGCUUAGCCUCCCAUGGUUCCACCCUCCCAUAUAUAGGUGGGUGCUUCUUCUUCAUGUGCGUUUUUUUGUAUGGGCCCAAAGAAAUUUGCACGGCAUGGGUAAGAUCAGAUGGGACGGGAACUCCCCUCAUCUCUAAGAAAUUUGCACGGCAUGGGUAAGAUCAGAUGGGACGGGAACUCCCCUCAUCUCUCUCCGCCGAAACCUCCAAGCCUCCAUGGAUCAUAGCGCUCUCUCUCUCCGUCGAACCCUCCUAGACUCCCACCUCUUCCUCUCUUGUCGAAAAAAAUCCCAAGUCCCGACCCCCACCCCUCUCUCUUGCUAGAACCCCAACCCCCCACCUCUUUCUUGCUGUGGACGACAAUGUGGGUGGUGGCCAAACGGACGAGCGAAGGAGUGAGGACGGGGAGCAACUCGGAUAAGACAAUGGAGCAUCCAAUUGAAAAGACGAGGCGAAAUUGGAUCCGAGCGGUGGAGCAACAGAAGCGGCGGCGCUUGAUGAAGGCAACAACGCUCAACGGUGACGGCUCAGUGCGGUGCUACAACGGCGGCACAGCGGCGAUCGUGGUAGAUCUCAAGGCGGUGAUUCAACCAGUGAAGCUCCAACGAAGACACAAUAAGGCAAAGGAGGCCAAUCAAAGAAGAUGAACAUAUAAUCUUUUUUUUUUCCUUUACCGUCCCACCUCUCUCUCUUUCCCUCCCAUUCCCUCAUCCUUUCAUUUUCUUAAAGGGAUCGGUAUUCAACAGGUCGAGUUAAAAUCGCAGGACAGAUUCAAAUUUAUAAUUUUUUGAUCCGACCUAUUUAUGUUUGAUCCGACCCGAUUGCCAUCUUUAUUUACAAUUCUCAAAAUCAUGCAUGAUCAUACCCAUUAUAAUUCAAUAUCACAGUUACCAUAUAUUACUUACACAAUUACAACAGCUAUACCAACAACAAUCAAUUUUCAAAGAUUAUAAAAUUUAACUACCAUAUUAAAAUUUAAUAACAAAUUAUAAAAUUUUACUAUUAUAUUUUAUUAUAUUUAGUCCAUAGUAUUUUUUUUAUAAUUAUAAAAUUUUAUUAUUUUAUUUAACUUGUAUAUAGAGCUAUAGAACACACCAGUACCAUAAGCAAAACAAACAAUAAUCUCACGGUCUCAUUGCCUUUUAUAGAUCUCCUUCCAGAUUCCAUAACAUUUCUAGCUCAUUAUUCAUUAUGGAAUUUGGCAGGCAAUAACCCAAUAAUAAAUUGAAGAAAAAGCAAAAAAUCGCCACCUAGAAAUUAUGCAAUUUUCGUUUUAAAAAAUAAUGGAUUUCUCAUAACAAUUGCAAAACAAGCUGACUUUUUUUUCACCAUCUUCUUUUUGGCAGAAAAUAAACCCAAACACAUCUGGUCCAUGGAAAGAUCUUUGCGCCCAUUAGAAUGUUUGAGAUGGAGACGGUGCAGGAUGGGGCGGCACAUUUAAUGGGGACGGUUCAAGAUAAUCAUCUGAGCUUGAACUGGCACAAGAUUUCAACAAGGGAUGGUACUUUUCCCAAAUGCUAUCAGUGCAAAGAAGCUCGAGGGAUCAAUCUUUCUUCUGUCAUCCUCAAUUUGUCGAAAACAAUUGUGCGCGUAGCCAAAUUUUUGAGAGAGUGAACUUCGAUACAUAUAUAUGAUAGAUCGGUAAAAUGGCUCUUAUAAAGUUGGUCGUUAUGUUUCUGGUAAUAUAAUAUAAGUAGUUGUUACCUUGGAACCAUUACUGAAACGUUAUUUGUUCUUUUUGUUUUUUUUAUUUUGCUACGAUAAAGUAUCAAAAAACCCCAUAUCCAACCAGUUCCGAAAAAAAUUUCUAUGAGCAUGGCGUAAACCAAUCAUUUAUUCAUAUAACACAAGCCGAGUCAUUUAUGUUUCGAAAUCUCUAAGCUUAAUUAAUUAUCCUAACAAUGUAAUUGAAUUAGGAGAAAGCAUACAAAUAGCAUGAAUGGAUCAGAUUCCUGGCUUGAUUUUUCUCCCCUAUAAAGGAGAGAUAAAGAAAGCGCAGAGUAUAUUCAGCGUCGAUCAUGUGGGGAAAGGAUCAUCACAUCCAUUCAUUGAGAAACACAUAACGAUUACCUUUAUAAAUCAAACAGUGCGAAAAAUAUUGGAACUAAGAUUGCCUCAUAACCUAAUUAUUCUAGGUUGUAGAGAUUAUUUUUUAAAUGAUUUAUUUCCUUUUAGAAUUAGAAGCUUAAAAGAAUCAAAAUGGCAGAGAGAAGAAAAGCCUUACAGAGAAACAAAAACGACGACAUGUUUAGACUUCAGAUACAUCGUUGGAAAAUGAAAGGAUCAGAUUCCUGGCUUGAUUUUUCUCCUCCAUGAAGGAGAUAAAUAAAGAAAGCGCAGAGCAUAUUCAGCGUCGAUCAUGUGGGGAAAGGAUCAUCACAUCCAUCCAUAUAAAACCAAACAACAUUCAAAAAGAAAACCUAAAAUCUAUGGGCCGUUUGAUUGAUAAGAACUUGAGAGGAUCAGAGUCCUGGCUUGGUCUUCUCCGAAGAGAAUAUAAAGAAAAGCGCAUGUUAUGUUCAGCGUCGAUCAUUUGGGGAAAGGAUCAUCAUCUCCCCUUUCAUCAAACGGCCAAAAAAAUUACUAAUAAACAUUCCAAAUAAUUUUAUUAAUAAAAGUAAACAAACAAACAAAUAGAUGGGAAAAGCAAAUUAGGAUCAGAAUCCUGGCUUAAUUUCUCCACUGAUAAGAGGAGAAUAUUAUAAAAGCACGAUAUAAUCAUAGUCGAUCAUGUGGGGAAAGGAUCAUCACCUCCGUAAAAAAAAAAAAAACCCUAUU